AUGCUGCAGUCACCAACAAGUACACAUAAGUCCCGCGUCGCAGAGUUCACAGACUUGCUCAGGGACGACCAUCGCGUCAAGGUCGCCGGCGUCGAUCUGGACGGCAUCCUCCGCGGAAAGGUCAUGGCCAAGUCCAAGUUCCUCUCCGUCCUCGAGUCCGGGUUCGGCUUCUGUUCGGUCAUCUUUGGUUGGGACAUGCAUGAUAAGACCUAUCCUGAGGAACUCUCCGUCUCCAACGCCGCCAACGGCUACAGGGACAUCAUCGCGAUUCCGGACUUGACGACGUUCAGAAGGAUCCCGUGGGAGGACAACAUCCCAUUCUUCUUGUUAUCGUUCUACGAACCCCACACGAGGGAACCCUUGGCGGUCUGUCCUAGAGGGCUUUUAAAACGAGUCACGGACGAGCUGGCUACCUAUGGAUGGGAAGCCAUGUGCGGCGCCGAGUUCGAGUUCUUCAACUUCAAAGAAACGCCCGAGUCAUUGGCAUCAAAGGGACACCAUGAGCCCGAGGCGCUGACGCCAGGAAUGUUUGGCUACUCCCUCCUCCGCCCUUCGCUCAACCAGGAGUACUUUUAUAACGUCUUUGAUGAGUGCCGGGACUUUGGCGUGAACAUCGAGUCCUUUCAUACCGAGACAGGCCCAGGAGUGUUCGAGGCGGCUCUAGCGUACGACAAUGCGACUAAUAUGGCAGACAUGGCCAAUCUCUUCAAGUUAUCCGUCAAACAAUUGGGAAUGAAACAGGGCAUCAUGCCCACCUUCAUGGCGAAACCCUACGGCGACCAACCCGGAUGUUCGGGUCAUCUUCAUUUCUCUCUCCGUGAUAUUGCUACCAAGACCAACCUCUUUGCCGCCAGCCUCAAUAAUAACUCUUCCUCCACUUCUGUUGGAACUAUUAACAACAUUUCGGCGAACAGAACUAACCCCCCAAGUCCAGUCGAGGAAAUCGACGAGGCCACCGCAACUACACAGGCACAGCCGAGACCAGAAUGGGAAGACACGGUCGAGGGCGUCGAGCACAUGUCUCAAGUCAUGAAAUGGUUCACUGCAGGACUCCUCACCGGCCUCCCUAGCAUCAUGGCGAUCCUGGCUCCCAACAUCAACUCUUACAAACGGCUCGUCGAGAACUACUGGGCUCCCGUCACAGUCUCCUGGGGGAUCGAAUCCCGCGUCUCGGCAAUCCGUGUCAUCGGACCCCCACAAUGCGAUCCCAAGGGCACCCGUCUCGAGAUGCGCGUCGGUGGCGCCGACAUCAACCCCCACCUCGCCAUCGCGGCCUGUCUCGCCAUGGGUCUCUACGGUAUCAAGAACAAGCUCCCCAUGCCUGUGGGUCCAACUACCGCCGAGGCAGAAGUCGAGAUGGCUCAGCAGGCCAAGGGUGGAAACGUGAAGGUGAAGGCGGAGAGGUUGCCAAAGUCAUUGAAGGAUUCUGCGAUGGCGAUGAUGGAGAAGGAUUCGAUUGCGAGGAAGGUAUUGGGGGAUCAGUUUGUGGACCAUUAUGGUGCUACUCGUCUGAACGAGUACCGGAUCUGGGAAACGGCUGUUACUUCUUGGGAGAUGAAGCGCUACUUUGAACUCGUUUAG